AAAUAUAUAAACUUUCUCAUUGCAAGCGUUUGCAGAUAUUAAGUGAAUUUAGAGCAUUGUUCAUAUUUAUUUUAUAUUUCAUCCAAUCACUAGAGAAAUAAAAAAAUAUUUUUUACAAUGGUUAUUGCAAAGAAAUAUGUAAUUGAAAAAUAUUUCAAAGGAGAUCCCCAAUUAACAGAUGUGAAAAUAGUAGAGGAACAGUUACCAUCAAUCAAAGAUGGAGAAUAUUUGGUGCAGGCUGAAUAUCUAUCAGUUGACCCUUACAUGUGGAAAUACAUGUCUCAAUAUCCACUUGGUUCAACAAUGAUAGGAUUUCAAAUUGGAAAAAUUAUUGAAUCUAAAAAUACUGAUUUUCCUGUUGGAAAAUAUAUUUUUGGUCAUUUGGGCUGGAGAACUCAUACUAUUGUUAAUCCUAGUACUUCUGAUCCUACGAAUACUUUAAAUUUCUCGACUUAUCUUAUACCUGACCUCGGUGAUCUUCCGAUAUCACUUUGUCUUGGUGUUUUAGGCAUGCCUGGCAACACUGCGUACUUUGGGUUCACGGAGAUUUGCAAGCCGCAAGCUGGAAAUACAUUAGUUGUUUCCGGAGCUGCUGGUGCUGUUGGUUCUCAUGUUUGUCAGAUUGGUAAAAUCUUGGGUCUGAAAGUUAUUGGAAUUGCUGGGACUGAUGCCAAAUGUCGAUGGCUUACCAAAGAUCUUGGAAUAGACUAUGCAAUCAAUUAUAAGACACAAGACAUUGGUUCAGAGUUAAAAAAAGCUGCCCCUAGUGGAAUUGAUUAUUAUUUCGACAAUGUAGGUGGAGAAAUAUCCAGUACUGUGAUGUAUCAAAUGAAUUUGAUGGGAACUGUUUCAGUUUGCGGUUCCAUUUCAGCAUACAAAUCUGAGAUGGAUGCUUUACCAAAGUGUACAGUUGUUCAACCAGCAAUUUUAAAAGGACAAUUAAAGGUAGAAGGUUUUAUGGUAAUACGUUGGGCAGAUCGUUGGAUGGAAGGAAUUCAACAAAAUUUAACAUGGAUUCGUGAAGGAAAACUUAAAUAUCAUGAAACGGUGACAGAAGGUUUCGAAAAUAUGUUUAAUGCGUUUACGAGUAUGCUUAAAGGUGGAAAUACCGGAAAAGCUGUAGUUAAAGUGUAAAAUAACUUUUAUUAUAAAACGAAUAAACUUAUAGUAUAUCAGUUGCAAA